AUGAGUUCAUUAUUGUGUAAUACGGUCAAGAAAUCGUGGAGCAAAACAGCCUACAGAGCAGCUUUGGCCUCAAAGGUUCAUUUCUCUACUUCUCGCGCUACUUUAGAAGAGCAAGGAGAGGGUUCGAAGACCAAGUUCAACAAGUACUCAUGGAUCAUUACAGAGCCAAAAUCCAACGGUGCCGGACAGGCCAUGCUUUACGCAACUGGUUUCAAGAAAGCCGAUUUCAGUAAGGGCCAGGUUGGUAUUGGAUCGUGCUGGUGGUCGGGAAACCCUUGCAACAUGCACUUGAUGGAGUUGAACAACCUGUGUAAGCAGUCUGUCGAAAAAGCCGGUCUUAAGGGCAUGCAGUUCAACACGAUCGGUGUGUCCGACGGUAUGUCGAUGGGUACCACCGGUAUGAGAUACUCUUUGCAGUCCCGUGAGGUCAUCGCAGACUCUUUCGAGACUAUCAUGCAGGGACAGCACUACGAUGCCAACAUUGGUAUCCCCGGUUGCGAUAAGAACAUGCCAGGUGUGCUUAUAGCAUUUGCCAGACACAACAAGCCAUCCAUCAUGGUGUACGGUGGUACAAUUCUGCCUGGUAAGGGUACCUGUGCCGGAGUUGGAGACAAACUAGAUGUUGUGUCUGCCUUCCAGUCUUACGGUGCCUACUUGGCCCACGAUAUCAAUGAGGAGCAGCGUGAGGACAUCAUCAGACACGCAAUUCCAGGCCCAGGCUCAUGUGGUGGUAUGUACACCGCCAACACCUUGGCAUCUGCCUCCGAGGUCUUGGGAAUGUCUCUUCCAACAUCUUCAUCUUCUCCAGCCGUCUCGGACGCCAAGAAGGGCGAGUGCUUGAGCGUUGGUGAGGCAAUCAAGAACUUGAUCGUCCAGGAUAUCCGGCCACGCGAUAUUAUGACCAAGCAGUCGUUCGAAAACGCCAUUGCCUACACUAUGGCCGUCGGAGGAUCCACAAACGCGGUUCUUCACUUGAUCGCCAUUGCACACUCCGCAGGCGUCAAGCUCACACUCGAGGACUUCCAGCGGAUCUCCGACAACACGCCUUUGUUGGGCAACUUCAAGCCUUCCGGUAGCCACGUGAUGGCUGAGUUGGCGAAGAUUGGUGGCACCCCUGCAGUGAUGAAGUACCUCCUUAAGGAAGGUAUCCUCAAGGGUGAUGGCAUCACCGUCACCGGUAAGACCAUGAAGGAGAACUUGGAGAAGUACAAGGAUCUUCCAUCUGGCCAGGAUAUCCUCAGACCAGUGUCGAAUCCAAUCAAGGCAACUGGCCACAUCCAGAUCUUGAAAGGAACGCUUGCACCGAAGGGAUCUGUUGCCAAAAUCACGGGAAUGGAAGGUACAUACUUCAAAGGUAAGGCCAAGGUGUACGAUGAGGAGAAUGACUUCAUUCGUGCCUUGGAGAAGGGUGAGAUCAAGAAGGGCGAAAAAACUGUCGUCGUCAUCCGUUACCAGGGUCCAAAGGGUGGCCCAGGUAUGCCUGAGAUGUUGAAGCCUUCCUCGGCUUUGAUGGGAUACGGUCUUGGCCAGGAUUGUGCCUUGCUUACUGAUGGUAGAUUCUCAGGUGGCUCGCACGGCUUCUUGAUAGGCCAUAUUGUUCCUGAGGCAUGUGAAGGCGGCCCAAUUGGACUUGUCGAAGAUGGCGACGAGAUCGUCAUCGAUGCCAACAAGAACAUCAUCGACUUGAACGUUCCUGAAGACGUUCUGGCCCAGAGAAGAAAGACAUGGAAGAAGCCUGCCCCAAGAUACAACAGGGGUACUUUGUACCAUUACUACAGAUUGGUUUCCGAUGCCUCCCACGGAUGUGUUUUGGAUUACGAUGGAAACGACAAAUAA